CCAUUCGCGCCGCGCGCCAGUCCACAGACAACAGCCGUGGGGUUAGUUUGUGUCGCUUCUGUCCGGGAAACGAGACUACUUUUACGUGACCGUUUAAACCGGUUUGAAAGUGCUUUGAGGUGUGGCGUAGGCGGUCAGUGCCGCGUUCAAGCGUAAAAAAACUCUUUCAAAAAGUUCAAAAUCAACUUUGUGUUUAAAAAAGUGCAUUUGUGAGUCACCGGCGAUUGUUCGACUUUAUCGAGAGCGAAAGAGACAACGGCAGGAUCAGUCCAGUCCGAACCAGUUUCAACCAGUUGAAGCCGCUUUUUUGACGGAAAAAAAAGGAUAAAAGUGACCGUUUUCGUGUAUUAUGCGUGUGUGAGUGUUUGUGAGUUCGUUUUUGUAAAUCAAGAUGGCUUUACUUCCCGCGCUUUUCGGACUUCUCCUUACGACCAUUGUCACAGGUCAAAAUGUUGAAAUCACGCCAAAGGAAGCAGUGCGUCGAAUUGGUGACGACUUGACUGUACUCUGCAAAGUGCCCUACCCUAUUGAUUCUUGUCGGAUGACAGUUGGCGGUAUCCCUUACAGACUGAUCCCGACCAAUCAGGACGAAGACGUCGUCUACUCCGGUCAGGGAUUACAGAUGGGAGAAUGUGGGGCCCAUAUAAAGCGUAUAAAGGAAGAAUGGAACGGCAACAUAUCUUGCACAUUGCCUCCCAGGACUGGAAGCAUUGAAGUUACCGGCACAAUGAGACUGCUUGUUGCAAGAGCUCCCGCAAACCCUCAACUGAUCGCCCCCCCACAACCUACCUUCAAAGAGGGGGAUGGCUUCAUGGCGCAGUGCAUCGUUCCUAACGGCAGGCCAGCUGCCAGAAUAACUUGGUAUUUAGACGAUGAGCAACUCCUUGUUGGCGUCCAUCAGCCAAUAAUAACCUCAGAACCAGGCAGUGACCUCCAGACGAUCAGUCAGAACGUCUCCAGGACUCUGUCUCCUGAAGAUAAUGGCAAAAAGCUGGUCUGCCGAUCGGAACAUGAAGCUCUGGAAGGUCCUAGGGAAGCCGCUAGACAGUUGGUUGUACAUUACCCACCAAAACGUCUAGACUCAGGUCCCAUAACGAUCUUCGGUCUGAAGUUAGGUGCUGAAGGACGUUUGAAUGUCACAGUAAGGGCUAACCCUCUGCCUUUAACCGAGUGGACUGUAGGGGAUCUAGUCUUAGUGCCUCCUAUGAGUAACGAAGAACACUCUAUUGUUGCCUUGGAGCCUUUUCAUUUGGGUAGCGGAUAUUACAACAUAACACUAGUCUUGACUAGAGUAGCCAAGGAGGACGUCGAUCGUACUUACUACUUAAGAGUUACCAAUGAUUUGGGUAGAGAAGAGUUCGCUCUGAGACUCAGCACUAUGGAUGAACCGGCCGGCGUAGAACUAGACGCGGGUGCGAUUGUCGGUAUAGUGAUAGCCGUUCUGUUACUACUCAUAGCCGUGUCUUUGGUCGUCUUCGCGAAGGCGACUGACCGCUGGUGCUUUGCCGGCGGAAGAGGUCAUGACCACACGAAAAGUUCUGGUGAAUCGACGCCAGCUGGGGACGUGCUUUUAGAGAGCGUGGGGCUACCUGCUAAAACUAGCGACACGGAGAGCGCGGCGGGGCAGAAGUCGAGGCUGAGCGCGCUGACGGCACGAGUCCGAGCGGCGCUACCGCGGGGGAGGGACAGGGUGCAGGCCACCGAACCUAUUCAGGAGAUCGAUGAUAAGGCAUUAUCAGAAGACAAGAAAGGGGUGGUUUAUGCUGAACUGGCGUUAGGGGAGCAGAACGCAGAUAAACCACCCCCGCCCUCCACGGAAUACGCAGAAAUAGUCUACACUGAGCAAAAUCCACAGAUGAAGGAAAAUAAGGAAUAAGCAUGUGCAUGUUUUAUAAACAUUUUUAUGUAAUACAACCGACUUUAAAAGUAAUUAAAAUGUUAACUAAUAUUAUAAAGAGAAGUCAUUUGAUUUUCUUGCUUAAAAUGUAUUAACUCAAAUAACUUUUAGAUAGAUUUUGAAAGUUUUUUCACAAAGAUAAAUUCUACGUUACCACUAUGGAGCGUGGUGACUGGUGGGUUAAGCUCUUUCUCUUAUAUAGAACAGGUUUUUGCCCAGCUGUGGGACAGUAAUACGAUGCUUCAGUUCAGUUUCAUUCAAUUUAAUAUUUCAUUAAGUUAUUCCAUAGUAUAUACAUAAAAAUUGGUUUAAGAAUUAAUCAAAAAGUAUAAAAAUAUUU